UCAUCAUUAUUUUUGUAUAUUUUUAAAAAAUGUUAUGUUUAUUUAUAAACAUAACAUUUUGCAGGUGAAAGACGUGAAGAUAUUUUUUUGUCAGAGCUUAAAUAAACUAAACAUUUGCUUGUAUUAUUAACAUUUUUCCAACUUAUUGUCUGUUUGGGGAAUAUUUAAAAUAUUAACAUAUGUCUGAUUUGACUUUCUCCAAAAGAUAAAGUUGAUUCAUCUAUAGUAUCCAGAUUCAUCAUUUAAGUAAUUAAAUUUCAUUAAUCAAAACAUCAUGUUUUUAACAAGAGUGCUCUGUGCUCCAAAGAAAUUGCCAAAAGAAUUCUCCAAUUUUCCUAAACGUUAUAUUGAUCGUGCAAUGGAACAAAUUGAAUUUAAAAACCAUGAAAAAGGUCCACAGUAUCAAGAUAGAACCAUCAAAAGAGAAGUUUUCACUUAUGGGAUGCACAGGCCUUGGACUAAAGAAUUCUAUGAGGCUAAUUAUCCAGGAAAACGUAUUCAGAAAGAUGUUGUAGAACCCAUUAAAGAAUGGACAAUUUAUCGAGGCGAUAAAGUUGAAAUAAUGAAAGGAAAAGACAAAGGAAAGCAGGGUGUUGUAAAUUAUAUAGUAACUGAAAGAAACUGGGUAACUGUUGAAGGUCUAAACUGUGAAUAUAAAUACAUGGGUGGAACCCAUGGAAUACCAAAAUCUAUGAUAAAAGAGGAAAUGCCUUUGUUAGUCACUAAUGAAGUGGCUCUGGUAGAUCCAUCUGAUGGUAAACCAACCAGAGCUGUAUGGAGAUAUACUGAUGAAGGAGAGGAAGUUAGAGUAUCUGUAAGAACUGGUAGAAUCAUCCCUAUCCCAGAUGCAGCUCAAGAAACGCAUGAUUACAAAACAAAGAAAUUUUAUACAGAACAACCAAAAGAUACUCCAGCUAAGGAUGUUGAGGCCGUCACAUUCAAACCAAGACUAAUGACAUUUGAACAAGAAAUAAUGGAAAAUAUGGGUAUAAAAGAAGAUAAAGAACCUCAGAAUACAUAUUGGUAUUAAAAUUGUUGAAUAAAU